AUGUCGGCAAGUACAGAAGCUAGUGCAAUAAUAGAAUAUUUUAAAAGAAAAUCCAUCUUUAUUACUGGUGCAACAGGUUUUAUUGGAAAACAACUCGUAGAGAAACUUGUUCGAUCAUGUCCCGACAUUGAACAUAUUUAUUUACUUGUACGGCCAAAACGAGGUCAUGCAGUUAACGAUCGCGUAAAAGAAUUAGUAGCAGGCCCUUUAUUUAAUACGGUACGAGAAAUAAAUCCAAAUUUUGCAGAAAAAAUUUCAGCUUUACAAGGCGAUAUACUUGACCCAAAUUUUGGUCUUAGUGCAUCUGAUGAAAGUAUUAUAAUUGAACAAUGCCAUAUUGUAUUUCAUUCAGCAGCAACUGUUCGUUUUCAUGAACCACUUCGACUCGCAAUACAGAUGAACGUUGCAUCUAUAAAAAAAUUACUUGCUUUAUGUCAUAAAAUGAAAAAAUUACAAUCUAUUGUUCAUGUAUCGACAGCUUAUGCAAAUUGUAAUCGUAACGAUGUAGCUGAAAUGAUUUAUCCACCACCGAUUCAACCAGGAAAAUUAUUAGAAGCUAGUGAAUGGAUGGAUGAUCAAGUAUUUGAUGUAUUGACAAAUAAACUGAUUAACGAUAGACCCAAUACAUACACAUUCACUAAAGCACUUGCCGAAUAUGUUAUCUCACAAGAAGCUAAAGAUCUCCCAUUAGCUAUUAUACGUCCAUCUAUUGUUGGAUCAUCAUGGCGUGAACCAAUACCAGGCUGGGUUGAUAAUUAUAACGGUCCAAGUGGAUUAGUUGUUGCUACAGGUAAAGGUAUGCUUCGAGCUAUGAUAGGUAGUGAUCAAGCAAUAGCUGAUAUUGUUCCUGUUGAUAUUUGUGUUAACAUGAUGAUUUCAAUUGCUUGGCAUACAGCAGUAAAAUAUCCAAAAACUAUUCCAGUUUAUCAUUGUUGUACUGGCCAUUUGGGAACAUUAACAUGGGGUAAAGUAACUGAAUAUGGUUUACAUCAUCUCGAUACAAUCAGUUUGGAAAGUGCAAUUCGUUAUCCAAAUUUACAAUUUACCGAAAACCGUUUUCGAUAUCAUUGUCUUCGAACAGUACAAGAAGUAUUUCCAGCAUUUCUUCUCGAUUGUUAUAUGCGCAUAAUUGGACGUAAACCAAUCUUUUUAAAAUUAUCUGAUAAGAUUUAUAAAAGUGUUCGAACAUUGGAUUUUUUUACUUCAAAUUCAUGGAUAUUUCCAAAUGACAAUAGUGUUUCUCUUCAAAAUGAAAUGAGCGAUAUCGAUCAAAAAAUAUUUGGCUUCGAUUUGAAAGAACUUGAUUGGUUUUCAUAUUGGCGUCAUUAUUGUAUGGGUGCUAAACAAUUUUUACUACGAGAAGAUCUUGCUCGUACAGCAAAAUGUCGCAUCAGAUAUCAAAGAUUAAAACGUUUACAAAAUAUUAUUUAUUUUACGGCAAUAGCAUUGAUUAUCAAAUUAGUCUUUUUUAAGUCAUUUAAAAUUCGUCGCAUCUUUGUUGUUCUUUUUCGAUUAAUUUUUGCGGGUCUAUCAGCUAUAACGGCAAAAAUUCGUUCAUAA